AUGGAGCUCCGUAAGGUGUGCCAGGCUAUCCAGCUUCGUGCCGAAGAUCUCGUCCCAGCUGCGGAGCAGACUGGAGUCUGGCGAACCCCAGUGAACCAAGUACCGAAUAUUUCAGCAAUCAAACGCGUUUAUUUCGUGUUCAAGGAGAAGAGGAAACACAGUAUCCGUCGCCAUAGUCCGGAGGUCCUAUUCUUCUCGGAGGACACUUUGACCGUUCAAGAGGACCAAUUCAUUCUUAUCAUAUGGUUAGAAAACCCAUAA